AUGAAGGUAUCAGUACAGGCUGUGGCAGUGUGGGGGAAAAUAGCUCCCUCUCAUAGCAUCACUGCUAUUAUGAUUACAGAUGACCAGCAGACUAUAGUUACAGGAAGUCAAGAAGGGCAAAUAUGUCUCUGGGAUCUUUCAUCAGAAUUAAAGAUUUCAUCUAAAGAGAUGCUCUUCGGCCAUACUGCUUCUGUAACUUGUUUGGCAAAAGCAAGAGAGUUUGAGAAACAACCAUAUGUAGUAAGUGCUACUGAAAAUGGGGAGAUGUGUGUUUGGAAUGUCACUAGUGGACAGUGCAUUGAGAACACAAAGCUUCCUUAUAGGCAUACAGCAAUCCAUUAUUACCAUUGCUCAUUCCGAAUGACAGGUGAAGGCUGGCUUCUUUGUUGUGGAGAAUAUCAAGAUGUUCUUAUUAUUGAUGCUAAGAGUUUGGAUAUUCUUCACACUUUAUCAUCAUCUCAGUCUUCUGAUUGGAUAAAUUGCAUGUGUAUUGUACACUCUGCAAGAAUUCAAGAAGACUCGUUGGUUGCAGUGUCAGUAACUGGAGCUCUUAAAGUAUGGGACCUGUCUUCGUCUUUGAAUAGCAUACAGGAGAGACAAAGUGUGUGUGAGAAGGAAUCAAAAUCUCUGGACUGUAUAAAUUGUCAAGCAGUACGGUUUUGUACAUACACAGAAAGGCUCCUUCUUGUUGUGUCUUCCACAUGCUGGCAGGUCUAUGAUUACUGUGAUUUUUCCUUGCUUUGUACUGAGUUCUGUAAAAGUGGUCAGUGCUUUACUGGUGGAGAAGUACUAGCAGCUUACAGACUUAUCAUCUGGACAGAAGAUGGUCACAGUUACAUCUACCAGCUGCUGAACAGUGGGCUUUCUAAAAGCAUAUAUCCUGCCGAUGGGAAGGUGCUGAAAGAAACUGUUUAUCCUCAUUUACUCUGCUUUACUGAUGUGAAGGAAAAUAAGAGUUUUUCUUUUGCCAUGGGCUUCAUGAAUGAAAGAAAGGAGCCUUUCUAUAAGGUUCUUUUUUCUGGUGAAGCUUCAGGAAGGAUCACUCUGUGGCAUGUUCCUGAUGUCCCUGUGUCAACAUUUGAUGGUUCUCCAAAAGAGAUCCCAGUUACAGCAACGUGGAGUCUUCAGGAUAAUUUUGAUAAACACCAUUCAAAGUCAGAGGGCAUUAUUGAUCAUCUCUGUGCAUCUAAAGAUGGAAUCGAAAGUGCAGUUGUCAGUUCCUCUGUAUAUAUACCCAGUCUUGAUAAACUUGUGUGUGGAUGUGAAAAUGGGAAAAUUUUUGUAACACUAGGUUUAAACACUGCAAGAGCACGACUUUUGGAAAACAUGUCUUCGAAAGAUAAUCUACCUUAUAAGGUUCUGAAUGGUCAUCGUAGCAGAGUCACUUGUUUACUUUAUCCACAUAAUAAAUCAGUAAGAUUUGAUCCAAGCUGGCUGCUAUCAGGGGGCCAGGAUUCUGUUGUGAUCUGCUGGGAUAUAUUUACUGGAGGCAUCUUACACCAAUUUAGUCUGCAAGCUGGUCCAGUGACAGAGCUUUUGCGGUCUCCAGAAAACUAUAAAUUAAAAGACCAUGGUAUAGUGUGUUGUGUGUGCAGUGAUCACUCUGUAGCAAUUCUAGACCUUCAGAAGAGAGUAUGUCUCUUACACGCCAGAAAGCAUCUGUUUCCUGUGAAGAAGAUAAAAUUUGACCCUGUUGAAAAUCUGAUAAUUGUUGGAUGUGAAGACAAUUCAGUUUAUAUUUGGGAAAUUGAAACAGGUACACUGGAAAGACAUGAGACAGGUGAAACAGCAAAAGCAAUUCUUAGUGCCAUUGAAGAUUCAGAAUACCUGGUGGCAGAUUCUCUACUUCCUGCAUCUCAAGAGUCAAAAAGAAAUAAAAAUGCUGGAUACAAACACUCUAGCUUCUAUAAACAUGGCAUGGUCUCUUAUGAUUUCACUCACACAGAAAAAACGUCAGAUCAGUUAACUGAUACCAGCUGCAUCCUACAGCCCUUUACUAUUUUACCAGUUAAGACAAAAUGGAACAGUGCGAACUUUCAUGUUCUUUUAUUUGAUCUGGAAAGACUGGAGGAACUUCUGCUGUCAUCUCAAUUCAAUGGAUUAAAGUCUUCAAAUUCGUUCCACAACUAUGACACUCUAGAAAGAGCCAAAAGUGCUACUGAGAAAAGGACAUUGACAUUAAAAAGAAAUAAAACUGCUGGCUCCAUAUCUCCAGUGGAUGGGCAAGUAGAUACUGUUUGUUCGGUCCAGGUCUAUAGGGAUAACAACACAGCUAGGCCUUUGGAUGAAAGUGGCAUGAAAAGACAGAAGAAAAUGAAGAGUUCAAGAAAGAUUAGAAUGCAGCCAUCAGGUAACAUUGAUGUGAACAUUGUCACAGAUACAGCUAAACUGCUUUUGUCGUGUCUUUUACCAUGGGGUGUAGAUAAAGAAAUAGACAAUCUUUGUGUUAGGCAUUUAGAUAUCUUGAGGCUUCAGCAUCCUGUUUCUUUUGGACUUGUGUCAAAUGAAAACCACCUAUCACUAAUGUUGCCAGGAUGGAAAUGUACUGAUUGUGGCAUGCUAGAAGAACAUGCAAUAAUCAACUUGUUUUCAAAAAGAGUGCUUGAUUUAUCAAACAAGUACCUUGCUGCAAUUGAAGGACACACUGGAAAGAAUGAUGGACCUGAGAAUGUUUAUGGAACAAAGGGAUUGGAAACAGUACUCUUCUUAUUUAGGAGAAUAGCUUUGAUCAACAGGAUAAUUAACAUACCUUCAACAAUUACAGAUGACAUUGAAAGUCCACAGAAAUCAGAAUCUGUACCUGACAAAUGGCGAAAUGUGGAAGCAAUAACACAUUCAUUCCCUAGUUUUUAUGGGGAGUUACCAAGAAGUAAAAGUAGAUAUCAUUCCUCGGACUUUGGGAGUGUUUCAUUGCUGAAACUCAUUUGUUGUUGGAGUGACCAAUCUAUAAAGAUUAUUGAGGCAAUGCAAGCAGUGCUGCUGGCAGAAGUUCAAAGGACUAUGAAUGCCUUAAGAAAAACAGCCAUACGCAGAGAGCCAUUGGCCAUGGUAGAGAAUGGAAAUGUCAGUGCGCUGAAGCAUGACAAGAGCUCCAACUCGGCAAACUUCCAAGAUGUGGAGGAUACGCCUGACAGAUGCGUCUUGGAAGAGUCUGAGAGUCCAGAUGACAUGAAGUCACAUCCCUGGAUAUCCAAGGUGUGCUCCUGUAAGGUGUGUUAG